CUUAGUAUGGUUCCAGCGCAGACUGUCUGUGACCAGCCGGUAUGGAGGACGCAUUUGCACUCGUCGUUUUAACACUGUUACAACUAUGUCGAGCCGAAAUAUCAAAUACAGAGUGGUACGCGGCAAAUCUUAUAAACGACCCGAGCUACACACCAAAACCUAUUACUGAGAUAUUUACAACUGAUUUAAAUUUUUCACCGAAAAUUCCGACGAUAUCAACACAGACAAACACUCGAAUCACGCCACCUGCUACAACCACGACAAGUACUACUCCUGCAACGACUACAUUUAGUAACAGUGAUAGUACAACGCAGCAAGACCAGGCGCAAAGAAUACCGUUUCAAAUUGUAGGAGUACCAGGUCCUCAACAACCACAAAUAAUUACUCAAGCAGUCACUGACCCAAAAAAUGAACUCUCCAGCUUUUUGUUGAUUUUUGAUCCAAGACAACAAACCAGUCAAUUAUUUCCUCAACCAAUCAACACUUCUCCACCUACGUCGACUGUAACUCAAUCUACCACAACAGAAACUCCUACCACAUCAAUGCGAACUCGGUCAACAACUGUGCCACCACAAACUUCAACUCAAACAACAAACAUGCAAGAAACGACAAUUUUGCCAAGAAAUCUACAGCAACAAACGAUUCCUUUAGCGCCUACUGUGGUAUCACCAAGUUUCGUUCCCGGAAGAUGGGAUAUAAGAAACAUUGUUUAUCCAAAUUUCCCAAUAAUUAAUACCGGUUGCAACACAACAACAGUAUCCAACACAGUUGUUGGAAGUUCGACUAUAACUCCUCAGACCGUACGGCCAGGAACCGGAAGCGGUAAUCCUUUUUUGACAGUUCGCUUAAAAGCGCCCAAGGGCUCUUUAACAAACAUUCGUAUUAAUCCAACAACAACAACGAAAAAACCAACUACGACAAGACGAAGAAAAUCAAACAAAAAGUCAAACGAUUAUGAAAUAUGCUUAAGAUCGUGUGAUGGCAAAAAGGAGCCGAUUUGCAGCAGCCCUAUUGGAGUGUUCCCAAUUAAUCCAGAUAGGCUGAAGGGCUUUGCAUCGCUGUGUCACAUGGCGUGUCAUAACUCAUUUAGGAAGGACCUCUACGAAAAAGUGACCGAAGGCCGAUGUGGGAGGUUGCGUACCCGUAUACGACCCGUGGACAAGAACAAAUUAAACAGAGAAGAGUUAAACAAAGCCCAAUACACAAUACAACACAAUGCUCCAGAAACUAUUAUGGAAUUUUCGCCUUUAACGCGUUAAAAUAAGACACAUUAUAUCUUAAGUAAUUACUGAGAUUAGUCAAACAUCACACAUAAACUAGUCGUGUGUAUAGACAGCAUGUAUACGUUAACCCAUUCAAUCCGGCUGACGCUUAUUAGCGUCUGCGUUUAAAACACCGCGUACUUGGCUAUGAAACUUGAAUGAUGUUAUUGCAUUGAAUGGGUUAAAUAUAAAACAAUCCCUGUUAUUUUCUCAUUUUAUAAAUAUUUCUAUUAACUGUACUUUAAAAAGAUUCAAGAAGAAAAAUUAAAGUUUAUAAUGCACAAAUUGACGACCUCCGUGGUCGAGUAGUGUGUACACCGGUUUUCUUGUGAACGCCACUCCGAGGUCCCGG